AUGUCUGUCUCUGUUGCCAGCGCAGGUGUCCCGUACCAGCCGUUCCAAUGCCUGGUUUGCCAGAGUCGUUUCACCCGUCACGAGAACCUCAAACGGCAUGCCGCACUUCAUUCUCGAGUACAAGGCAAGGGUGCGUUGCCGUGUAACUUCUGCGCAGCUACAUUUUCACGCAACGAUCUGCGGCAUCGCCAUGUGAAGAGAAAGCAUCCGGAGCAAUGGGAGAAGCGGGGUGCCAGGGGCUCGCGGCACGAUUCAUCUGCAUCGGAGCAAGGAUGCAGUGAAGUCAAAUCGCAGGGGAACAAGUCUCCUCCAUCUGUCUCACCUUCAGAGAGUCAUGCCGGCUGGUCUCCAGGAGAAUACGAGGGACCGGCGAUAGGCGACGAUCCUUGGCGGACGGUAACUAUGCGCGAUGAGCAGCAGCAUGGUUCUGAUCCGCGGGCUGGGCAAUCCACGACACAAUUGACAACCAACUCCUCCAUGUCCAUCGACCACAUACUGGAAGAUGCCACCGCGAGCCGACCGAGCCUGUCGUCGGAAAGCUAUCCAUCCUUGGCAAACUCACAGGCAAACUCACAAGCAACCCCGUUCGAUACCAUCAUGGCCUCGUGCAACGUGGUCCAAGAGCAAUCAUGCUACUCACCGUCAAAUAGUCCGCCACAAAUCCAGGACGAUUGGUCGCCCACUGAUGCACAGAUUGGGAAAGGCUGCGAUCUGUUCUUCGCCCACGUCUCCCACUUCCUCCCUUUUCUCCAUCAAAGCAUGUUUGAUGACCAAGUGAUAGCGCGGCACUUGCUUCUGAGUGUCUUAUGCCUUGCUUACCAAUACGGCGAAGAUCCGGAUCUUGAAAAUCAGCCAGGCUCAGGUGCAAGUCUUUCCAGACACUGCUUUCAUCAGGCUCGUGGGUUGAUUGCUUUUGACGAGGCCAGUCUGGGGGAUGCCGUCCCUCCUGUCACCUUGGUUCAAGCGUACUUGAUGCUUCAAAUAUGCUCCAUGAUGUAUUUGUGUGGAAAAGACUCAACAUAUGGCCUGAAGAUGCACUCCAAGAUGAUCUCCCAUGCCCGAAGUGCAGGGUUGAUGCAGCCAAUCUCCACCCAUCCCACGGCGGCAGGAGAUCUGGACUCCCUCUGGAGAGAGUUCGUCAGGACCGAGUCCCUCAAGCGAACACUUUUCGCAGUCCACCAGAUCGAUGCUCUAUGGUAUCAAUUCUUAUCUGUGCCACGACAGCUCUCACACUUAGAAGUCAAGCACGACCUGCCUUGUCCAGAGAACCACUGGAAUGCAGCCUCUGCAGCCGAGUGGGCACAUCAACAACUGGUAUCAAAGCCAUCCGGCCUGUCGAUGAAGUAUCCGGAUGCUGUUCGAAGGUUUCUGUCAUCAGAUGCGGACCUCACCUCCCUCCCAGCAUUUGACCCUUAUGGCGCCAUCAACAUUACUCAGUUCCUGAUAUCAAGUGCCCGUGAAAUCUCGGGCUGGUCUACCAUGACAGGUAUGAUCAGCUUGGAGAGGUUUGAGCCGCUGAAGGCUUCUCUAGUCGCGCUUGGCCCGUUCAUACGCCAACAACCUAACACUUUGAGGUCCGAGCAUGGCGCGUUGUGCGAGGCGACUUGGGAGACCGCCAUGAUCGAGCUGCAGGUAUGGUCGCCAUCACAUGUUGGCGGAAUCGUGGAGGAAAGCAUAGACUCGCUCCUCAACCAGUCGACGUAUCUAUCGCCCCACGUGGAGCUUCUUUGCGAAUCGACUAUCGCCAAAGCCGUUCAGCCCCACGUUGACUGGUUUCUUCGAUAUCUUGAUGACAAGAUUACGCCGGAAUUUGAAGCACCAUGGGUCCUGCUAUAUGCGUACAAAGCUUUCCUGAUCGCUUGGCAGCUCGUGCGUGGCGGCAUGCCUGGCGCCAUGGAUGUUGUCGGUGUCCAUGACGGGGACGUACAGGGGGCUUUGGCAUGGGCAAGAAAGGUGUUCCAGCGCAGACGGCGAUGGCAGCUUGGCAAGUUAAUACUAGGCUGUCUGGAGACGUUGGGUCGGUGA